CUUUCAAUGAAUAAGUUCACUUUGCCAUGAAGGUACGAAUUAUAGUAGCUACGACAAUGUCGGAAGUUUGAACUGUAUUCUUGUUUUCCUAGAUUCUUUUAUCCUUUCAAAAUACUUUGAUAGGUAAAAUCCAAAUUCCCAAUUUGGGACAAAGUGACCGUACUCUUCGUAUUCACCUGUAUAAAGCUAAGAAUGACAAUGACAACUUCCAUUACUAACACCCGGUUGUCUGAGUUGAGACUUCAAAUCAUUCAGAGAAGUCCUAUUGUGAGGCUAUUUCCUUUCUCCUCUAGAGCUAUCCAUCUGUCCAAACAAUAAACGAAGACAAAAAACAAUUUAUUACGUCAUGCCAAUAUACCUACGCUUCACUCGCCGUUCCUUGAAACAUAUAAUGGAAGGGUUUCAACCCUUGAACUGAUUUCAUCUGAAGAUACUUGAAAAUGGAGUAUGGCCACGUGUCUAGCGUCAAAUUAGGCAAUCGCGCUCGAGUUAAAACAGGCCACUGACCAAAAUUUCGUUAUGAUUCACCAUCGUCGUUGGGUACGCUCGCUUAUGGACAUAUAUAAACAUAGCCAUCCCCCCAAUUACCGCACGAUCUUGAAUCCUCUUACAAACAACCACGACCACUCAAAUAAUCUUCCAAUACCUGCUUGCGCAAGAGUAUCAUCUUACACUUGUACACACAACACCCCAGAAAUAAAUCAAGCAAACAAAUCAAAAAACAAAUAAAACGAACAAAAGUACCACACUAGUCCUCAAGAUGGAGAUGGACUUGGAGAUUUCGCCCCACGCCGGACAAUCAGAGGUUCAUACUCAAGUUCCUACCUCGCCUCACUUUCAAAACCCCAUGCAAUAUCUUCAUGGCGCAUGCAGUCACUGCUAUCGCGAUGAUGGAAUGGAUAUUCGAGACAAACAAUUAGUUCCGUGCUAUCAAGAUGGAGAACUGGAUCCAUUCACUCUUUUCUUACUGACUCCUAGAUGGUGUGUAGAUUGUUUGGCUCAACGAGAACUGGCGAUUCGGGCUUCAUAUUGUGAUCGAUUGAUCGAGAUGGAAUCGGUGGAGUUUCCGAUCGGUACCGUGGAGGAGGCUUAUAUUCGGGGGGUUCAUGAUGGCCGAAUUAAUGCCUUGUCCCAAUCGUUCGAGGAUUGUGGAGUAUACUCGGCUGGAGACAACAGUGUCGUCGUCGAUGAUUUCAACGAAGUGUUGGAAACAUUGACCAACAUGAGGCUCGGAACUGAUACAGCCAACGAAGAUAAAAAGAUUGAAGAAAUCGUCCGAGAUUUCAACGAUCAGAUGAUGCUAGAGGAGGACGAACUUAAGUACGAAGUUUAUUGGCACUUAGCAUAUAUGGAAGGAACGAAAGAUGGUUGUUAUAUGCAAGCACAGAUGGAGUACAAGGCACUAACGAUGGAUGAUCCGGAACGGAGUGAAAUGUUGAGGAGAGCUGUGCUUUGAUGAUUGACCUAGUGGUUAUUGGAGAGUUAGGAGCGUUUCCGUACCAGUAUUUUUGCAGCGGGGUAUAUGGAAUGGUCUUUUGAGUUCGGUCUGAUCCUGGAGUUAAAGGGACCUGAGCAUCUUUGUAUCUGGGGAAAUGCCUCGUGCACCGACCUUAUCGAUUGCGAUUGAUAGAGUCAUGGGCGAUGUCCGUGACAUGGACGAAUCGACAAGAAUACCAAGGACAAUAAGAGUAAACUUAAUUUGUUAGGUGAUGUUGCGCAAGCUGAAUGAAUUUCUAGUGAUUUCAAGGUUGUAUCUAUAAAUGGAACGGGGUUUUUUUGGCAUCCUCUAAAAUCUCGCGAAUCUAUCGAUGUCAACUCAAGCGAGUACCGUUCGAAGUGUUGGAUCAAUGAAAUUAAAUCUAGAUGCUGUAGUCAUGAUCGGCGAGUCCAUAACGGAGUGAAUG